GUCCAUGUCAUAUCGAUCUAAUUUAUCGAAUAGUGAUAAAAUAUGAAUAUUAAAGUGAUCUUAGUGUGCGCCUUGGUUGCAAUCUUCUUUGCACAGGUUGCAGAAGGCGGACCAAUCGCCAAUUUUGUGGGCUUCAUCAUUUCCCUUCUGUUCUCCUUAUUUGAAGUCAUGCUGUCAGUUGUGUUCGAUGUCAAGUCGUUCACAAGCUUGUCAAAUCCCACAGCAAACGCAACGAUGCCAGGUUUUGCAUCUAGCGUUGGUGGUGGUCGCUUCACAGUCAUCAUGAAAGGAACAUUCAAUUUGAUUGCCAUGAUAUCGGCAAACAUUCAAGCAAUUCAGUCAGGAUCAGGAUCAGCAUCGUCUAAUUCCUCAUCAAGUGCUAAUUCUACAACAUCCUCGAACUCAACGACAAGCUCAAACUCAACGACAUCUUCGAACUCAACAACAAGCUCAAACUCUACAUCCAGUGGAUUAACAACCGGUGCUAGCGCUAUCAGCUUGAUUGAUACCUGUGCUUGGGUCUAUCAGGACAGUUCAGUUGGAAUUGCCUACUUGAUGGUCUCAAUUUUGGCACUUUUCUAUGGACAAUCUGUCUCAGCACCGCCAUAUGCUGAUCUUGGUAUACCAGCUCUACCUGCAAAUACCUCUGGUGCUGGAGUUCCGCAAUCUGUACAAAUUAAAGCAGCAAUUACUUAUAUUAAUGUUACUAUUAACUUUAUUACCUUGACUGGUCAACAAUUUGAAGAUUUACAAGGUCCAGUUACCACAGAUUGUGGAUGUCCAAAUACAACUAGUGUUGCGCCACUCGUUGCUGAAUGGGAAGCUAUAAUGGCUGCUCUUGAAGCUUUCGCUAGUGGAUCAGCAUCUUCUAAUUCUACAUCUAAUUCAACAUCAACAAGUAACUCAACAACGACAAGCAACUCAACAACUACGACAAAUUCAACAACAUCAACUAAUUCAACAUCCUCGUCAAAUUCGACAACAAUUGCUGGAUCUAUUGAUAUUGCUGCUAAUCUUACAGUUGCCCUCCAGAACCUCCAAGCAUUGCUUAUGCAAGAAGCUACUUGUGCUCCAUGCCUAGCUGCAAAUGCCAAAAAGAGUGGUGUUCGUGAAUUUGGACCAUGUAAAGCUGCUGGCUCUGCAUGUGCCAGAUCAGGACAAAGGAAAGUCAAGCGUAAGGCACGAUUGGAGAAGAUGCGUGCCAAGUGUCGUCGUGCAGUUGGUAACAGAAUGAAAGGAUCAAUGAAGAAGCGUGUCCGUAGUCGUGCAAAGAAAUUCGGAAAGGCUGCAAAGUCAGGAGUUAGACGAUACCGCAAGAACAUCAAGUUUGUCUACAUUCCACCAGUCAUGGCUUCACUUAAUGCAUAUGCAGCAUUGAUGGCAUCUUUAAGUGACAGCAUCUCAUAUCAAUCUGAAUCGGCUUUGAACUCAACAGACUCUGCAUGUAACUCAACAUCAAACAGCACAGAUGAGGCUGUAAUUAAUGCAACAACCGCUGUUACUGAUAUGUUUGUCAACUUUACUGCUAUGGUCAUCAAUAAUACUGUUGCACAUCCCAAUUGUACUCAAUAUGCUGACAUGGCUCUUUCAAUGGUCUCUCAAAUCAACGAGCAAAUCAUUGCAUGCGGAAGUCAGUCUGAUUCUGCUCAGUCAUCAAUCUAUGCAAAUGUUACAAUCAGUAUUGUUGCAAUGGCUCAAGAAUACAAUAACUUUGCAUCUAUGUCUGAUAAGUGUACCAGAUCAUUUGCCAAUAGUUGGUUGUGGAUGUACAUUAAGUGGGUCUUCUAUCGAAUGGGAAUGACUUCUGGAGUUCCUAACUUCCUCGCUUGUCAAACUAAGGCUCAAAGCAGUCUUACAGCAUUCUUGGCAUCAUUUAAUGCCACAGUCAGUGCCACGAUUUCAGCAGCAAGUGCAAAUAAUUCUGAAGUUCAAAGCUCUGAAGCAGCUUGUAUUGAAAGUAGUCUUGCGGAAGCAGCCGUUAUUUUAGAAAUGUUUGAGGCAGCAUAUCAAAACUGUACAGAUCCAGGAUCCGUAACAGUUCCAGCAGAGACUACAACAACGACCAGUACAACCACCACUACAACUACAACAACAACAACCGCAGCACCAACAACAACAACAACUAAGGCUGCUAAUGCACCAUUCACAUAUCCAUUGUGUACUUUGAUCAUGUCAACAACAUGCUCACUGGGUGGAGCAGGAUGUACAUAUCCACUUAUCUCAUCUGCUGGCUGCUGUCCAUCUGGCAAAACAUUAAACACUGGUCUCGGUGGACGUGGUUGUUGCAAAUAGAGUCUACAGCGACAGUUAAAUUGAAGCAAUAAUUUUUCCUAUUUCUUGAUGUAGAACAUUCUAUGUACUUAAUUUUGAUAAAAUGU